AGAAUAAAUAAGUUCGUGGAAAGAUGGAGGAAUGGAAAGAAUCGAGGAUACGGCCGAGCAACACAAAGUGAGCACAAAUUGAGUGGUUGGUUGACACAUGGUUUGAAUAGAUACCAGAGGCCUGACUUGUCAAUGAAACUGAGGAUUUCCAAAGCUUUCGAAUGCGGUUCUCGUGAUUUGGCUAAACCGGAGAUAAAAGAAAAGGUUAGUGAUGAUAAUGAAGCGAGUUGUGAUUUGUGA